AAGUGCAAAUGCAAAAACUUCAGACGAUUCGAUGAAUAUUCGGAGAGAGCGAAGAAAAAACCGAUUUACAAUCAGCAAAAGAGUUUUCAAAAAAAAAAAUUGUGUGCAAAGUCAAGUGUACUGCACUGCACAAACCGAAAGAAAAUUUAUCAAAAUAAAUUCAAUGUUAGAAAAUUGAGCAAAAUUCCGGCGUUUCGAUAGAAAACUGAGCAACAAACAAACAACAACCGAAACACACACAUAAACACACAUAUAUACAAGCACCCAACCUAACCUCACAAAGCUCGGUUCUGAACCGAUUUUUGUUUUGCUCACAGCACAGCAGCGCUGCGUUCACACGGUUCAGUAGAUUUUUCGUGCAGUCAUUCCAUGCGUUCCAAUCGAAGUUCUAUGGCGUACAAGAACCGAGAAAUGUCACCGAACUUAUAACUUUUUUACACACAGAACGUAAAACUACAUCUUGCAAGGCAUCAAAUAGUAAAAAAUUGUUCCUUUUACGAGAUACUCAAAUUAUAUUUGUCUGUAAAGUAAAAAAAAAACGCGUCAAAAUGGACGAUAUUACGGUAGAGGUGUGCGGCGAAAAUGGUGCUUGGUAUAAGGCAGUUGUCACAGAUCUGUUCGACGAUGGAAUUAUGGUGGCUUUUGAAAAUGACUGGCAAAAGGAAUCAAAGUUUCUGUUCAGUCAAGUUCGCCUGCCGCCAGAUGAACCAACGGUCGCACCAAUAUUCUCCGAAGGCAUGGAAGUUGAAGUGUAUUCCCGUUCGAAUGACCGUGAGGCAUGCGGAUGGUGGUGUGCGGAUAUCAAGAUGAUCAAAGGCGAAUUCUUAGUUGUUGAGUAUUUGGGCUGGGAACAUAGUUACAGGGAAAUUGUGGCCGCCGAACGACUGCGUUUAAAAAAUAUAAAUCCGCCAAUAACUGCUACGACAUUUCACAAAUUCGAAGUUGAAGUACCCGAGGAACUGCGAGUUUAUGCCAAAGUUGAUGGUGUUCACAAGGAAUUUCAAAAGGCAGUACGGGCUGGCGUGUGUCGCUUCAUUCCCGAAACUGGUCACUUAUUGAUGAUAUCCACUGAAGAAUCAGCACCGAAGAAGGCCCGCAUGAUUCAAGAGAUGCAUUUUCGGAAUUUAAGUCAAAAGGUUUUACUUGUCAAACGUACUGAAGAAGCGGCUCGUCAAUUGGAAUCGACAAAACUUCACACAACCUCCGGAGGUUUUUCAGACGAAUUUCGAGUGCGUGAAGAUCUGAUGGGUUUGGCGAUUGGUGCGCACGGAAUUAACAUACAAACAGCCCGAAAACUGGACGGUGUAACACAAAUUGAACUAGAGGAACACACGUGUACUUUUAAAAUAUUUGGUGAGACUGAAGAGGCCGUUCGAAAGGCACGCUCAAUGCUUGAAUACAGUGAAGAGUCCAUCCAAGUACCACGGAACCUAGUCGGUAAGGUGAUCGGUAAAAAUGGACGAACUAUUCAGGAAAUUGUUGACAAAAGUGGCGUCGUUCGGGUUAAGAUCGAAGGUGAUAAUGAGCCACAACCAAGCAUACCACAUGAAGAUGGUCAAGUUCCUUUCAUAUUUAUUGGCACCAUUGAAAGUAUUUCAAACGCGAAAGUUUUACUCGAAUAUCAUUUAGUGCAUUUAAAGGAAGUUGAACUGUUACGACAGGAGAAGCUAGAAAUCGAUCAGCAGCUGCGCGCUAUUCAGGGCAACACAUCAAUGAGUUCAAUGCAAAAUUUUACCGUUCAACGACGAUCCGAUCGUGGCUAUAGCAGUGAUGUUGAUACAAUGCGACCAAACCGUGGAUCAGGUGCGGGCGCAUCACAUCAAGGGAACACAUCAAAUACCAGUGGCACUGGUAUUCGGGGACGGGGCGGACGCGGCCGAGCGAACAAUACACGCUAUCAUCCCGAUGUGCAACGCCAAGGCAGUACAAAUGAUGAUUUCUCUGGUCGAAAUGGUCAUGUGCCGCCAAAGUCAUACAAUGAUCGAUCGGGUGGAUACAACGGUGGCAAAUGGUACAAUGAGAAGAGAGGCAACAAUCGUCGAUCGGAGGAUCUUCGAUCGAAAUCCGAUUUCAAUUAUCGCGAGCAGUCGGGCGGACGAGGCGGCGCCGGUAGCAACAAGCAGCGCGCUGAACGUGAUGUUGUGAGUGUGGAUCGUGAAAGUAACUCAUCUGUGGAGAAUAACAAUUCAAGACGACGACCAAAAGCAAAAAAUACCCAUAAUCAAACAAAUUCAGUGGGAAAUACAAAUGGUGCAUCGGCGAGUGAAUCAAAGCAAAACGCAUCUAGUUCCAGCAAAUUCGAACAAAAGCAACAGCCGCAACAGAGUCGCCGUUCAAAUAAUGACACUUCACAAAAAUCGGCCAACAAUUCGAACACACAGCAAAACCAUAACAAUUACAAUGGAAACAAUCGUGAAAAUGGCAAACCGCGUCGCUAUGGCAACCAAACCAAUGGCGGCAACAGUGGCAGCAGCGGUGGUGGCGGAGGCAGCGGUGGAAGCGGUGGCAAUGCCGGUAACAGUAGCGCCGCAUCAAAGGCAUCGAAGGCUGUCAAUGAAAUUAAUGCGGGCAACAACAAAGAAGUCCUCACCAACAAUAAUAACAAUAAUAACCUAGAAAACAAGGAAAUUCUAAUCAAAGAAUCGACAUAGAAAUUUCGCUGCUCCGUUUUUCGUUUCACACAAGAUGAAGAAGAAAGAGAAAAAAAUGCAAGAAAAAAACAACAACCGUACAUUUUCCUCAUUAUUUUGCUAUUUGAUACCGCUGAAUUAUUUGAUUAAAAAGAACAUAUAGGAAUGAUUUAUGAAGCCAAUACGUUUCAGAGACAUGAGUUUAUAAUAAGUGAAUGUUGAUGAGACAGGGAAAAAAAGUCAAAACGAAUAGAAUGUACGAGAUGAUGAGAAAAAACAAAUAACACACAAUCACACACACGCGCGCGCAGAGAACAAAUAAUUCAAAUUUAAUUGAGAAAAAUCACAAAUAAUAGUAACACAUAGGAAAUUACAGCACCUAAGUAUCGGUAUUCUCUCAGUUUGUACUUUUUUUUCGUAAUAAAAAUCGAAUUGUUUUACUUUCAAGUCAACCAAAAAAAAGAAUACAUAGAAAUGGGCAGAGAGCCAAUAUGUCUCUCUCGCCUCUGACAAUUUCCUGACAGUUAAUUUAGACAUAAGAACCAAUCAGGCGCAUCAUUUUGGCUUCAAUGGAGCUCACAAUCCCAAAUUCUCUCACUUCCAUUUCCAAAAUGAACAAUUCAUUAUGAUUUAUCAAGCAUAUCCGAGUGUUAAUUUAGAACUUGUUCAGAACAAAGCGAUUAACAAAAAAAAUUACAAAAUAAUCGAUUAGCAAAACAAAAA